CCUCCCCUUCCCUUUUCACCCCUCUACACCACCCCUUCAUCCCCGCGCGGGACGAGAGACUGGCCGGUCACCUUGCGGCUCGUCUUGAAAUACAGCAGCCGCCACCAUGGGUGUUCCCAAGUUCUUCCGCUGGCUCUCCGAGCGCUAUCCCGCCAUUUCGCAGCUCAUCGCCGAGAACCGCAUUCCCGAGUUCGAUAACCUCUACCUCGACAUGAACGGCAUCAUCCACAACUGCACCCACAACAACAAUGACUCCGCCACCAAAGCACGACUCUCCGAAGAUGAAAUGUUCAUCAAAAUAUUCAACUACAUCGAAUUUCUGUUCGGCAAGAUCAAGCCACAGAAGCUGUUCUUCAUGGCCAUCGAUGGCUGUGCCCCGCGAGCAAAGAUGAACCAACAGCGUUCCCGUCGUUUUCGAUCUGCUCUCGACGCCGAGAACGCGCGCAAUAAGGCCGUUGCUGAAGGGCAAGAGUUGCCCAAAGAGGAUCCAUUCGACUCGAAUUGCAUCACGCCAGGUACUGUCUUUAUGGAGCGCUUGACGCGCCAAUUGAAAUACUUCAUUGCGAAAAAGGUGUCAGAGGAUAUUGAGUGGCAGGGUUGCGAAAUUGUCCUUUCGGGCCACGAAGUCCCAGGAGAGGGAGAGCACAAGAUUAUGGAAUACAUUCGCCAGGCGAAGAGCCAGGUUGGCUACGAUCCAAAUGUGCGACAUUGUUUGUACGGGCUGGACGCCGAUUUGAUCAUGUUGGGUCUGCUGUCGCACGAUCCACACUUUUGCUUGCUGCGUGAGGAGGUCACCUUUGGCCGAGCCAGCAAGGUGAAGAGCCAGGAGCUCGAGCACCAGAACUUCUUUCUCCUACAUCUCUGCAUAGUGCGCGAGUACCUGGAGCUGGAAUUCCAGGACAUGAAGGAGCCCGGCUCACUGGGCACGGUCACUUUCGACCUGGAACGAAUCAUUGACGACUUCAUCCUCAUGGCCUUUUUCGUCGGUAACGAUUUCUUGCCGCACCUACCGCAUCUUCACAUCAACGAGGGCGCACUGGCGCUGAUGUUUAAUGUCUACAAGAGAGUGCUGCCACAGGCUGGCGGCUACAUCAACGACGGGGGUGAGAUCAACCUCAAGCGACUAGAGCUGCUGAUAACAGCACUGAGCGAUAUCGAGUAUCGUCACUUUGAGCAUGAGAACGCUGAUGCCAGCUGGUUGAAGGAUAAGAGCAUUCAGAAGGAGGAUAUCAUGACCAAGAAGCCGAAGAAGGGUGGCAUUGCGACUAUGACAUCGAAGCAGAAAGAGUUGUACACUUCGGUCAAGAAGUACGUGAACAGCAGACACGGUUCUGGAGAGGAUACACCCUUGGACUUUCCGCCCACGCUCAAGGCGGCAGAUCGCACAUUCAUCGAUCAGCUAGCGCAGAGCUUGCGCCUAGAGAGCAAAAACAUCGUCGACGAUGAAGGCAAUCGCCACAUGCAGCUCAACUUUCCUCCACGACCAGAAAUGGAUGAUGAGGAUGACGAGGACGAGGAGGCGCAGAAUGCACUUCUGCGUGUGUUCAAGCAGUACGACAAGGCCAAGAUCGAAGACCUGUCGCCCACGGAUGUGCAGGAGAUAGCGCAGGAGAAAUACGACAAAAAGUUCGCAGAGUGGAAGGACAAGUACUACACGACCAAAUUCGAGUGGGGAGUCAGCAAUGACGAAGAAAUGCGCAAGCUGACCGAGAACUAUGUUCAAGGUCUGCAGUGGGUGCUGUACUACUAUUACCGCGGCGUAGCGUCGUGGGGAUGGUACUACCAGUACCACUACUCUCCCAUGAUCAGUGAUGUUGUCAAGGGAAUGGGCGCCAACAUGGACUUCAAGCUGGGACAGCCGUUCCGACCAUUCCAGCAGCUGAUGGGUGUCUUGCCGGACCGCAGCAAGCAACUGGUGCCACCUGUAUAUUGGGAUCUGAUGACGAACGCAAAUUCUCCAGUCAUCGACUUCUACCCCCGCGAUUUCGAGCUCGACAUGAACGGAAAGAAGAUGGAGUGGGAGGCAGUGGUCAAGAUUCCAUUCAUUGACGAACAGCGUCUCCUCCAAGCGAUGGCGCCGAAAGACGCUCAGCUGUCGGAGGAUGAACGUAGGCGGAACGAGUUUGGCGUGAGCUUGAAGUACACCUAUUCUCCAGAGGUCGAUUUCACCUACCCAAGCAGUUUGCCUGGUGUUUUCCCGGAUCUGGAGCAUUGCCGAGUUGUUGAGAACAUCUAUGAGCUACCUACUAUGGAAGGUCUGGAGUACUACCAUGGACUGAUGGACGGCGCCAAGCUGGGCAAUGCAUCACUGGCAGGCUUCCCCAGUCUGCAUCAUCUUCCAUAUACUGGCCAGCUUGGUUUCCACGGUGUGACCAUCUUCCAGCAAGAAAGCAGAAACGAGAGCAUGAUUGUCACGCUCUCCGAAGGCGAAGAAGUUGGAACGAUUGCCCACGCAAAGCAGCGUCUUGGCAAGGCCGUGCAUGUUGGCUACCCAUUCUUGCUCGAGGGCAAGGUUGUCAGUGUGACCGACGAAAUGUUCACAUAUCAUCUCCAGGAUCCCGACCAGCCGGCUACAGAGCAGAACAUCGUCCAGUUGCCACACCAAGGCAGGGGCAUCGAAGACUUCAAGAAGAAGGCCGACCGACUCGAGAAGACCUACAGCAAGCGUCUCGGCUGCAUCAUUGGAACAGUUGAAAGCUUGGUACAAAUUGAGCCUUUGGUCGGUCUGCGCAAGACCGAGCUUGGGGCUACUGUGAAGGAGUAUGCGCCGCUGCAAGGCUUCGAAGUUGAUUACGCUACACAGACCAUCGUUGAUUCAGUCAUCAGCGAGGAUCAGCGUUUCUUGGAGAAGGCAGCUGUUCCGAUCGAAGAAGAAUUCCCUCCCGGCACUCGUGCCUUCUUCCUCGGCGACAUGGCUUACGGGCGACCACUUCAAGUGACCGGCCAUGUACCCGAUGGCAAAGGCGGACCAGACAAGGCAACUGUCUGGAUAUCGUCGCUUAAGCAACGUGAACCCGAAUUUGGCCUGGACAUCGUCAAGCAAGCCGAGAGGAAGAGCCCGUACAUCCCAUCCUACCAGGUCGCCCGGCAGCUGCAGCUGCACCCACUUGUGCUAUCGAAGCUCACCUCGUCUUUCAACGUCAACUCCUCUGGUCUGAAGCUUAACUUGGGAUUGAAUCUCAAGUUCGAAGCGAAGAAACAGAAGGUGCUAGGCUACAGCCGCAAAUCGGACCACGGCUGGGAAUACUCGUCAAAGGCUGUCGACCUCAUCAAGCAAUACAUGAUCAACUUUCCAGAGUUCGUGGCCCGCAUCGCAGCGAACCCAACAGGUGACGGCUGGGAAGAUACUGCUUUCUACCCAGAUCCGCAAGAGGCCAAGAUCAAGAUGAAGGAGAUCGGACAGUGGCUCAAGAGCGUGGAAACGAAAUCAUUGGAACGCGUUCCACUUGAGGCCGAACAGCUCGAUGGUGACACUGUCGCCGCGAUCGAACGUGCUGCUGAUGCAAACGAAGUAGCCAUCAAAGAGGCCAUCGUCGGCACGCAGAUGGGCGGCGUGCCUCGUCACGCUCUGCUCAAACCUGCUGACGCCGAUCAGCGCACACAACACCAACAGUUCCGUCUUGGUCACCGCGUUGUUUAUGUGCUCGACUCUGGUCGAGUGCCUAUCGCUAUGAGGGGUACCGUCGUGGGCAAGACGCGGACUACUAGGAAUACUCUGCUGGACAUCCUGUUCGACUCUACCUUCAUGAGUGGCACCACGCUCAAUGGACGCUGCUCGCCCUUCCGUGGUAGCACUGUUCCGGCAGAUGCAGUAUUGAACUUGACAGAUCGCCAAGUUGUGGCCAUGUCUCAGGCGGCUAAGGACCGCGUGCAGUCCCGGCUGCCAUUUCAACCCCUGCGCGGAUCCGCUUCUGCGAGCAACGCCGGCAGCUAUGGUAUGCCAGGUGGCCCUCAGCUCGUCAAUGUCCCGGCUCCGGCUCCGAUUCGCGGAGGCUGGAAUCAAGCUGUUCGCGGCCAGCAACAGCAGAACGGCUACGCUCCUCGUGGUGGACGUGGUCGUGGAGGUGGUCUUGGCAGCCAGCAGCAGCAGCAACAGCAGUCGACUCUACCAUUCCACCCAGCUGCUCGCGGCCGCGGCGGUAUGAAUGGUAACGCCACUGGCUUUGCGCCUCGUGGUGGAGCAUCGAAUGGUUCUGCUCCACGUGGCGGACGUGGCGGCAACAGAGGUGGCUACACUGUUGUUGACAACAGUGACCCUCUGGCUGGUGUGGUGCAGAACAACCCGAAGUUCCGACCACAGAACUACUCGAACGUGCCGCCGCCUGCGAAUCUGAACGCAAAUGGACGUGGAGGCGGUGGCCAGGGACGCGGCAGAGGUGGUGGACGAGGACGUGGAAGAGGCAGAGGUGGUGCAAAUGGACAGCAGGGAGAAGUUGCUGCUAGCUAGGCAAUACUCUCCACAUGAGGGAUACUCGAGCUGCUCAACCGCGAUCAGCGCCGUCUAUUCGUGGCAACAAUACAAUGAAAGAUUAACGAGCUCGGAGCAAGUCUCCAGCACGCAAGCCACCAGUUUACCCUCGUCUCGACAGUUCUUCUUUUCACCAAUGCACAUGCGAUAUCCAUACAGCACGUGCAAAAGGUUGUGUACCCGCCCUUCCUUGUCGGGAAAUCACUGUCGGCCCUGAUAAGGCAAUCUUGCAUGCAGAUAGAGCUAAGCUCACAAAUGUCUCUCGCGUCGUCACACACUUUUGCAUGACAUAACACUCCGU